AUGUCGCGUCGCGACGCCCUUCGCGCCGAGAUCGACGAAUGGCGCGCGCGGUUCCGCGAACGACACGGUCGGGACGUCGCGCGCGCCGACGUGGAGUCGGACGCGAAGAUGCGAGCGACGUUUAGGGAGUACAGAGCGCUGGGGGAGUUGAGAAAUGUUCAGAAUCGUCGUGCAGACGUGACGACGACGGGCGACGCGGGGCGCGAGGACGCGCCAAAGGCGCGGACGAAGACUUUAGAGGAGUUGCGGCGGGCGAUGACGUCGACGGAGGUGGAGACGGAGGGGGAGGCGAUCGAGGCGACGCCGAUCAAGGCGCCCCGGGACGAUCGCGGCGCCGACGCGCGCAAAGCGAUGGAAUCGACGCCGAGACGAUCGCCGAGGAUCGCGAGGAUGAAGAAAGAGAGCGAAAACGUCGACGGGCUGAGUUUUGGAAUCGGGAGCAAGACGCGUGCGGUGAAUCGAGCGUUGUUCGGUGGUCAGCCGAAAAAAGCGGGCGCGUCGUUCGCAGAGGUGAAGCGGAAGCGCGACGACGUGGUGGCCAAGGAUGGAGUGCAAGCUCUGAGCGAGAGCGCGAUUCGGGCGGUGGAGUCUUUGGGGGAAACACGCGGGCCGAUCGCGAACGACACGACGAAACUGUUGCGGGUGGAGGAGGGGAAGGGGCGGAAGAAGCGCGCGGCGACGGAUGGUUCGCGCGCGCCGGCGCCAAAAAAGGUGGCGUCGACGAGCGACGCGGUCGAACCCAAGGCAAAGACCGCAGCCGAUAUCCGCGCCGAGCACGCGGCUCGCAUCGCGGACGAGAAGGCGGCAUCCAGGAGGGGAAAUUUCAAAAAGUUCAAUCCAAAGGGGACGUGGAAACAAAAGGUGAAGAAUGGCGCGCGAAAGAAGGCGGCGAAUCACUAUCGAUACGGCGGUGGGCGACGAGCGGCAAACAAAGCCGAAGACCGCGCCGAAAGAGACCCGAACGCGACUGAAUCUGCGGAGCCUCCGUCUGUGUGGGCGGGCGGCGAUUGGUGCGAACCACCAAGCACGAUGGUGGAGAACGCGGUAGAGGAUGGUUUGACGCCGGCGAAGCGCGCUCUUCGAGCUCGAGAGAAAGCCGACGGGCUCGCGCGCGAGUAUAUCACCGCAGAAGCGGCGGCGAGCGCUAAGGCGGAGGCGGAGCGUCGAGCUAAGUUACAAGUUGGACCUGAACUGGAAGCCGCGAUUCAACGCGCGAAGAGCGAUCCGAACAAAGAGAAUCUCACCGAAGUUCUCACUCGCGGAUUCGGGCACGACAACUUUCGACCAGGACAGCUCGAGAUCAUCACGCGUAUUCUGCGUGGUGAGAACACUCUGGCGCUUCUCCCGACCGGCGCGGGAAAGAGUCUCACGUAUCAACUUCCGGCUAUGCUGAUUUCGGGACUCACCAUUGUCAUCUCACCUUUGCUCGCGCUCAUGGCGGAUCAGAUGGACUCCUUACCCCCUUCGCUCCCUGGCGGAGCGUUGAGGAGCGAUAUGGACAGGAACGACAUGUGGGAAACGCUCACCCGAUUGCGCGCCGGGAAAAUAAAAGUUCUAUUUGUCUCACCAGAACGCUUGCUCAAUGACAAUUUCAUCAACGAUUUACAAGACGUCCCCGGGGGCGUCUCGCUCGCGUGCGUCGACGAAGCGCACUGCGUCAGCGAGUGGUCACACAACUUUAGACCCGCGUACCACCGUCUCGGGCGCAUUCUCAACGAUAGAGUGCGCGCGAAGACGACGCUCGCGCUCACUGCGACAGCGACGAAGAAGACAGAACUGUCUCUCAUUAGACAGUUGAACAUUCCGAACGAAGGCGUGCUACGAAACGUGCGCGUGCGAGAUAACCUGAUCUUAUCCGUUAUGCGAGUUCCGGAAAAGCUACGUGAAAAGACGCUCGUGUACAUGUUGAAGCACGACGAACUUUUGCAAACCGGGAGCAUCAUCGUGUACACCGCGACACAGAGAGAUUCAGAGAGAGUCGCGGCAUUCCUUUACAAUGAAGGCGUCAAGGCAAAGGCGUACCACGCUGGGCAAGAACCGGCCCAACGCAGGCAAACACAGGCUGAAUUCAUGGGGAGUAGGGUUCGCGUCGUCGUCGCCACGAUUGCGUUCGGCAUGGGACUGGACAAGUCGGACGUUCGCGCAGUUAUCAAUUUUUCCUUGCCGCGAUCUCCCGAGGCGUAUAUUCAGCAGGCGGGCCGAGCUGGACGCGAUGGAGCUCCCGCAGCGUGCAUAACGUUCUUAGACACGAGUGAUUACCUUCGCUCGAGGUCACUGACGUUCAGCGACGGCGUCGAUAGACCCUCAAUCGCGAAACUUUUGCAGUUCGUGUUGCAGUCUGGACCGAUUCUGAAAAAGGCGGCGCAUGAGGGCGAUUGGACGCCGUGCGUCGGCGCCUUGUCCGCGAGUGAGAUGGAAAUCAAGAUUGACAUGCGCAUAGAGGCCAUCGAAACUGUUCUUUCGUGUCUCGAUCUUUGGGGAGAGGGUAUCAUUGACAUUCGCUCUCAAGAUGCCUCGGUCGUGAACGAACUGGACCCCGCGCAUGCAAAGGGUUUGAUUCGGAUCCUUCCAGACAUUCGAGCGACGUGCGAGGCGGAAUUUUUUGAGCGUCCGCCGAAAGCGAUCGGAGAGGACUGCCCUUUGGCCGCCGCCAUCGACAAGCUCGUGCCCAAGCCAAAGGGCUCGAUGCACAAGUUUAAAAUCGUGGACGCGUGCACGCACAUGCAGUGUGGGUUCGAUGAGGUUUCGGCACAGCUCAAAGCUCUGGCUAAGCACGACAAUGUGCGAUACACGCUGUCAGAUAGAGCGGUCGGAUUCGAAAUCGUUCGCGCGCCGCCAAAGGAUAUUCAACCUCUCGCCAAGGCGCUUGCCGAUCACUGCGCAGAUAUUGAAGCGUGCUCGGUGGGUAAGUUGGACGCGCUUUACAACGCCAUGGACGAGGCGGCAAAUGCAGAAAGCGACGAAGCGCAGGGCGAGCACUUGCGCCAACGGUUGGCUGAGUAUUUGAACGAAGAUUCCGACAUGGUUCCUUCGCCGCCCGCGUGCGUGAAGACUGAGUCCAACCUUCUUUUAGUGGACAUCAAGGUGCUUCUCGCGCAUAGAAGCGGAGGGAAGAACGGCGGCGCGGGCAUGAUGACCGCGCGCGCAGUGGCGCGCAUCCUGCAUAAGCUACACUCGCCCGCGUACCCCGCGAAAGAGUGGGGUCGACACCACGCCUGGGGUCGACACGCAGACGUCGAUUUCAAGCACAUCUUAGCUCGCGCCGAGGAGGAGAUUGCAAAGGCGCGAAAAAUAGCGUAG